AGAGACACACUCCCCCUUCUCCCUGUCCUCACUGAUGCCCCAGGGCCUAGAUUAUUUGGAGAUUAUCAUACAAUGCAUUUCUAAUCAGGACAUUUCCCCUUUAUGAAACCCUUCCUGCUUCUCUUCAGGGCACAAGAUACAGAACAUUCUAACACUUAGGAUUUUUCCUUAUCCUGUGUAUCCAAAUGGUCCACCUACCUUUCACCACACAUGCCUUACACUGGCAGACUAACAGCUAAGGGUUCAUAUGCCAGGUAUUUGACAAACACUGCUUAUAAAAUACCCCACACAACUCCACAAAACUGCCAUCAGUUAACCUGCCUGUUAGAUACAUGUACAAACAGGUUUCUGACAAGCUAGAUCACGAAAGGUUUCCCCCAGUGUUCCAGUGUUCUGGCUGCCUGAAGAGGGCAUCGGAUCCCCCUAUAGAUGGUUGUGAGCCACCAUGUGGUUGCUGGGGUUUGAACUCAGGACCUCUGGAAGAGCAGCCAGUGCCCGUAAUGGCUUAGCCAUCUCUCCAGCCCGGUGUUCUCAUGCAGCAGGUCCUCCUGGCCCUCACGAAGGGGACUUGUUUCUUACCUGUUCUUUGCAUGCAUCUCUCUGCUUGGAACACUUGACAAACUACUACCACUCAUUCUGAGCUAUAGUGUCUUUUCUUCCAUUAGUCGGGGUUUUGUCAUUUGUUUGAGAUGGUUUCAUGGCAUUGAGGCUGGUCUUGAACACUCGAACCUUCCUUCUCCACCAUCUGAGUGCUAGGGUUACAGGUACACACGGCCACAACCAAGCCUCAAGUGUGAUUUGUGAAUGACAUCUUUUGAAGCUUACCUUUGAAGUCUGGCCUCUGCCUGACUCUGGUCCCCUCCUGCUGCAGGAUUUGUCACUCACCCUCUGUCCCUGAUGAGGCCAGGAACACUGUGGUCACAGAGUGUAUGAUCCAUUUCUGGCCCAAAGGCUCAGCCCUCUAAUAGGUACCCGAGGGGGCUUAUUGAGUGAGUGGUCUGAGAGGCGACUGAGGAGCCCUACCUGUAGAUGUAGGAGUCUUGGGAUUUUGGACUUCUCCACCUGGGUCUAGCCUCAGUCUCUGAGGAGUUAGGAGGGACUUCGAGGCACAGGACUAAAACUGUGAAGCCUGGGUGUGCUUAUUUAAGCACUAGGGAUAGAGUUGAGCUUUGAGAGCCGAACUCUUAGCCUGAGUGGGUCUCGUUCUUAAGCAUUUGUGGUCUGGUCAUGCCUGGCCAUACCUUUUCUCCCAGGUCGUAGCAAACAUUGAUCUUUACUUAGGACCACCCAUCAAGCUUUCUCUGUCUCUUCUUGAGCCAAAGGACAGGAAUUCAGUGAGUGCCUGACAGAAGGAGCGUUCACUUUCCCACCCAAGUGAGGUGUUCUCACAAACCCAUGUUCUGACGGACAUCAGGAUUCAGACCCAAAUGGCUGUCAGGCCUGUUGGUUCACACCUGUAAUCCCAGCCCUCCGGAGGCGGUGGCAGGAAAGCUGUCAAUCAAGUCCUAGAGCUUUUUUCCCCCACAACAGUCCCUUCACGUGGUCUCGGCAUCGUGGCUUGGGGAUCAGCUGAGAAUGCACACUGUGGCAGAACUGGCAAGGGAGCACAUUUAUUACUGGCAACACCUUCCUUAGUGCACCACCUAGGAAAUCGAAUGUAUCGGUUCUGUCCGCGGUACACUUGCAUAGCCUGGCCUACUCCGAGGGCUGCUGUCUGCUUCAAGCCCCUUUCGUCUCUCCCAUUUAGAACUACAGUUGCUCCCUUGCAGAUCGUCCCAUGGAGUCAGCGACUGGUAUCUUUCAGAAACAUGGUCUGGACCCUUUUCUCCUCUCUCUCUCUCUCUCUCUCUCUCUCUCUCUCUCUCUCUCUCUGGAGGCCCCUUGCUUGUCACGUUUUCCCUUCCGCGCAUGCGUGGAGCUUGUUCUUUGUGCUGCCCGAGAUGCUUGCUUUUGCUUCUUCCUGUGGCUAGCUCCUCAUCCUCCUCUCCGCUCACACCCAGCCUCCUUGAGGAGACAUUUCCAGAUCGCCCAACCCAAGACCAGCAGCACACUCCGGCCACUUCCCCUUGUUUUCCCUUGGUUUUGAUUCCGUGCUUUCUAGAAUAUGUCUUAUCUGGUUGCCUGGUCCAUUCUGGCUAGGGAGGGAGUUCCUAGAGAGCCGGGACUCCAGCCUGAUACCCAGCACCCAGUUGGUGGCAGCCAGAACCUGCGCUUUUACUGGAAGGAGUUUGUCAACGAGGUGGACGUGCUGGUGUUCAUGGUGGACUCGACUGACCGGCUAAGGCUGCCCUGGGCUCGGCAGGAGCUGCAGAAACUGUUGGACAGGGAUCCGGAUCUGCCUGUUGUUAUAGUGGCCAACAAGCAGGACCUGAGCGGGGCCAUGAAUAUGGUGGAGCUGCAGCAGGAGCUGGGCCUCCUUGCUAGUUAUAACCAGAGGGAGGUUUUCCUCUUGGCAGCCAGCAUUGCCCCUGCAGGAUCUGGCUUUGGGGAACCCGGCACUGUGCACAUCUGGAAAUUGCUCUUGCAGCUUCUCUCCUAAGCUGGACCCACCUGCCUGCUGCCCAGCCUUGAAUACCACAUUUCUGCCUUCUUCCGCAUUGUUGUUGCUAGCCUAGGCCUUGGGCAGGAGCAUCAUAGCAACGCUUCCUCUCUUCCUCAAGAGCAAGGCCAAAUCCGUGCAGAAGUCUUCCCGGUGAGGUAGACGUGGGGCUGAGGCAGGGAGGACGCCAUAGUGUAGCUCCAGCUUGCCUUGCCUUGCCUUCCUGCAGUGUGAUGCUCAGCAGGCUCAGUGCCCCCCAACCCCCCUUUGCAGGUCCCACUGCUUGCAGAGCAGUGUGGAUAUCACAGGUACUUCUGAGCCUGCGUCUCCCGUCUCAUGUCUCAUGGUUCACUCCUGGUAACAUCAUACAUUUAACAUGUGGAAAGGUUCUGGGUACAGCACAGCAAGUCCUCGCUCCUAGUCCUUCAUUAUCCUCCAGCCCCUGCUCGCUCUGUCUGUGGCCUUGUGUUCCUGCCUUUCUAGCCCCGGGGCCAUUAUUUUUAAAGGGAGAUGAUUUCCAUGUUUUUUUUUUUCCUAAAUGCCAUCCCUGGCAGUGCCAAACCUGAAAACCUUAGCACAGAAUCUUCUCGACACCUCCCCACUGUUACUACAGCCUGGCCUUGCCAGUCUUUACUGACCACAAAGUGCAGUUCACUGAACAGGGUGAAGGGUGGUUUUGCCCAGGUCUGGAGACAACCUGCUGCUUUUGUACUAACUGUGCCAACACCCAUGUUUACACAAGUCUAGAGAAGGAAGGAGCCGGAGUCCUGGAACAAGACUGGAGCUAGGGGGUUGGGGGGGGGGGGGUCAGCCUCAGAAUGGCAUUUUAUUUAUUUAUUUAUGUAUUUAUCAAAGGAAUGGGCCAAAGUUCUAGGUUCUGUUUCUAGGUGCUGUAAUGAAAACCCUAGGAGACUGUCAGAAAAGCUGAAGCUUAGAACUGUUUGGAAUUAUGAUUGAGAUUAGGUAACCUAUAGCUGUCAAUGGAGACACAGAACUGUAGCUUUCCCCUCCCCUCCCCUCCCCUCCCCCAAACUGGCCUUGAGACCAUAACUGGAAGCAAGUACCUCAAGGAGACCUAGUACUCAUGGUCCAGGACUUAGGAUAGGACUAGACGAGCCAUCAGAAUGACUCUUCCUGUGCCCACGGCGGGCACAUCACCAAGCCUUCUGGGACCAUUUAUUUGCCAGCCAAAAACAGACUGAAAUUCUGUAUUCUCUGAAGUGAACAUUCCACGACUGUGACCGAUGCAAAGCUGGACCCCAUGUUGACCCUGGUGCAGGCAAAAGAGCCUCGGUCUGCCAGGGACACUGAAUGACAACAGCACUGUUGUUUGAGACAGUGUCACUCUGUAGCUCAGGCUGGCCUUGAAUUGAUGGCACUUGUCCUUCCUCAGCCUCCCGUGCUGGGAUUAUAGGAAGCACUGUGCCAUCACGCCUGGCGCAUUCAGUCUGCUGUUUGAGAAUCACUGUGCUGUUUGCCAAUUGUCCAACAUACAGCCCAGGAAGUGGAAAGCGUCGUUAACGUGAGCACAAUCAUCAGAAGGGGGGCGGGCUGUGCCCUUGGACUCCAGCCCAUGAGAACAGAAUUACUACAGGACAAAGCACUCUCAUUACAAGGGAUUGUCCUGCUUUUGUACUAAAUAUUUAAAGAAUGACUAGGAUUUUAAAGUAGUUGAAAUUUUGUUGGACAUUGUAUGUCUGUUCUGAGGAUUCCGCCUCUCCCCAGUGCUAAAGCUUACCUUACAACCAGACUUAUUGAGAGAAUUUCUUUUUCCUAACUGAAAGACCUUUGUCUAAUGCGUUUUAUCAUGUACAAUUGUCAUAUUGUCCAAGGGGUGGGGGAGUGUUAAGAAUAAACAAUUUCACUGUGUC